AUGAAUGUCGAAGACAAAGGACGAAAAAGAGGAAGAAAAAGAUGGAACUCGGCGGAAACUCGACGAUUCAUCGAGACGCUUAAGGUGUACAAAGACGAAGAAAACGUCUGGGCACUUUCUAGCGCGGCGUUAAAUGACGGAACGACCAAUCUUCAGGCGCGAAGCCGGUUGUCGCCCAAGAGGAAAGGCAGAAAACCAAGAAGCAAGAGCGUGCCGGCAAAGAGAAAUGGCAGAAAAGAAGAUGUCGAGAAAAAGGCCCCGAAAAAAGAUGAUGAAAAGGAGAAAGAUCUCAUCAGAUCGACGGAGACUGUUGAACAGAAGAAAGCGAAACCAACCCAAAAAGAAAAACGAGAUCAUCUUCACCGACUUCACGAGCUCAACAGGGUCGAGAAGCAGGUAAUCACACCUGUGCGAAAGCCGAAGGACUUUCGCCCAGAACCAGAAGAAGGCACCGAUGAAAACCUAGAGCCAUUUUCGACACCUGCGAACCAAGGCCUUUCAAAUCAUGCCUUUCGGACGCCACAGAUGAGCGCUUUCGCGACUCCUGCUCCAAGCACGUCAGCUAGCUCUCCUACAGGCUGCCGAUUUCAAACACCAAGCGUCGUUGAUUUUUCCAUGGAGAAAAAGUACAUCGAAACGCCUACCGCGAAGAUGUCUAAGAAACAAGCAGCAGAUCGAGUUCGAAAUGCAGAAUUCAUCAGAAAAGAAAUGGAGAAAAAGAAGCUUGAAACAGACCUUUUUGACGUCUCGGGUAAAAAGCGCCGCGAACUUAUGAAAGCGACAAAAGAGCUUCCUUCCAUCCAGCAACAAGCAAGCGCGGGCGAAGACGAGCUCGACGAAUAUUACGAUUAA